GAGACGCUGGGAAUUCUCCCUGCGGCGCGUUGCGUCGAAGACUUAACCUAACUUCAAAAGGACCGAAUCCCUGUGAUCGGAAAGACUUCGCAGUUGGGAAAAAAGUUAAAUAUAUGAAUGCCGCUGUGGGGUGCUUUUGUGUAUGGAAUCUGGAACUCCCUAGUUUUGCAUUCAGAAAGUAAACAAGACGUAAUUUAAAAAAGUUACUAUUGGUACGAGCUAAACGCCAUGGAGGGGACAUACACUUGCCGAGUGUUUGCAUUAUUUACAGCUGUUGCCCUAUGCAAAUACUCUCAAGCUGAAUGGAAUGCGACACAAGAGGCAACCAACAAAAGUGUGUCCUACAGUCCCCAUGGCAACGGAAGCAACCAUACAGUCAUGGCAGAGACGGCCAAGUGGAGCGGUCAUUUCUCAAAGUGUCCAAGGGAGUUCAAGCAUUAUUGCAUCCAUGGGAAGUGCCGCUUUGUGAAGGAGCAAAACACACCCUUAUGCAUAUGUCCAAGUGGAUAUAUGGGACACAGGUGUGAAUAUGUAGAUUUCGAUUCACGCAUUGGAGAUCAGAGGCAGAUUAUCAUUGCCUGUGUGAUUGCUGCAUUGAUCUUCCUGAUACUCUUGAUCGUCUUCAUUUGCAUCUGUGCCCAUCGGCAUAAACUGUGUAGAAGGAGGAAGAAGAGGAAGGAAGAGAAAAAAGAAGAAAUAGAAAAGCUAAAUAUGAUGAGCACCUCAAAUGAAACCAGAGAAAAUGUAUCAGCCAACGCAGAAACUUCAGAGACGAAUGCUGUAUGAUAAGUGACGUGCAGUGAGAAGAGUUGUCCCCUGCUGGUCAGGAUCAUGGCUCUGUAAAUGACUGAAUCCCACAGCCCAUCAGUUUGAUCAUCCCAUGUGCAGUGCAGUGCUUCCUCAGGCCUUUGUGGCUGCUCUAAAAGCUAUUUUAUUUCAUGGCGGUCACCUUUUGCUCAGACAUUAACACUUUUGAGAGGUGAGUGAUGUCACACCACAUGACUGUCCUCCUUGGGUUACCAAGUUUGACCUCUGUACCUCACUUAAUGCCAGUACACACCUGGAACGGAAAAGGACGUUACCGACACUGUGGAGAGGAACAUCAUGGAUAUUUGGAUUUUUAAAUUCAUGAUGAGUGCAUUCCCCUGGACCCCAGUCCUAAUUUAAUGAAGAAAUUCCAGUUUUAAUAAUGGAGCCUGUUAUCGCUGGUGUGUGUUGAUUGAGACAUCCCCCAUUGGAUGGAAUAAAAGCACAUGGUUGCUCUAAGAGAAAGCAGCUUGCCAUGGGCCUUCUUCAUUGAAUGUAUAUUUAGUGACUUAUCAAGCUCAAUGCUCACCAAAAUUGUAACUAAACACUAUGAUUAUUGUAAUUGACCAUCUUCUGUGCUUUUUCAGACUGAACAUCAAACUAUUUCUAAGGAUUGCAAACAAAUUUGUAAACUGAUGUUUUGGGAAGUGCGGAAGCAUGACUAACACUUCCUCCAUCUGACUGGAUGAAGUCAGAAUAUGUUCCCUUCUAAAAUGUUUUGCUGUGCUAAUGGUUAUACAAAUCAAGAUAUUCUAAAACAAAAACAAACUAUUUUAAUGGCAAUAUUUUAUUAUUUCUCAGAACCUGCAGAAACACACUUUUGGAUUACAGUGGUGUCUUAAAUUGGCAUCUCCAGCUCUGCCAAUUCAUCAAGUUGGAGCUCUGCGCAUUCUCACAUGGUGGACAGGGAAGGGUCAUUCAUUACAUUACAAUGCUGCACUAAUAAAAGGAGCAGUUAUACAAUGAAUAGUCAGUAUUUUCUCCAUGUUCUGUAAUAUUUCUCUUAAUAAUACAAUCUAACCAAAUGCUAUAGCUCUCUUCUGCACUUAUUAUUUAUGGAAGGUGUGCCACUUGGUGGACAAAAUCAUCCCAAGUCACUUUGUUUCCAAAUAGUCAAAAAUACUGUUUGUCAUAAUGAGUGUCAUGUGUACCAUGGCGUAGCUGAAUCUGGGCAAAUGUUAACACACCUUCCAUCAUAUUUCAGAAAUGAGAUUAAGACCUACGCAGUAAGCUUGUCAUGUGCAAAUAAUCUAGCAACAUGGAAGAGAGGAAUCAUGGAGAAAAAGUCAUACCCUAUUUUAUGUGUAAAACAGAUGGAUGGUCAUGGAUGAUCUUGAAUCCUGUUUAUGUAUUUUGACAGAUAUGCAGGUCAUUUCAGUGGAUAAAUGAAAGCAUAGUCUGUCUGUGGGUAGACUAUGAUAAAAUUAAGAAAAAACAUGCUUGAUGUUACAGGUGUCAUAACCUAUUUGAGUCCAAAGACAUAUUGUGCAUUCCAUUUUUACAUUAGAACCCUAGUGUGGAAGUUUUUUUCAAUGAAUUUCAAGGUAAAU